AUGUACGAGCCUCUUGCAAUGGGUUCAUCGAUGAUACAAUAUGAGCGCAACCCAACAGAGGCACCGAAGCUGAUGGCCGUUUACGCUGGAUCCGACUUCAUCAUGGGGCAUGAAGCAGGAAUGUCGGACGUAGAGGUCAGGGCAUCGAAGCAAAAGAUGGAAGUGGAGCUGUAUGGUGAGGAGAAAACAGCCGGACUGGCUGGUGCAGGAUCGGAGCCCUGCUCAGACGAGGCAAAUCAUGUCUCGUUUCAUCGUAUUGUAGUGCAAGGAUGCAGCUUUGAAGCGGUUAACGACCAGAACAGGUUGUCGAGAUAUUCCUGCUUUGGGGAGGGUAGCCAUCAUCGCUUAGAAACUAAUCCAGAGGGGGAGUUCGCGUUCUCGGUGUUCGAAGACCGGCGAGUAGUCAGAGAAGAGACAGUAGACUUGGUUGCGAAGCAAUGGUGCUGA